AUGUCCCUGGACUCUGCGACUGCGUCUCUGGAAGUACUGGAUUUCGACGAUUCGGUUUCAUCUGGAGCGGCGACACCGCGUCCACCAACCCCUAAAAGUCGCCCAAACGAGCCGCCGCCGGUCGAAAAACCCAAAUUCAAGGAACUCGAGCUCGACGACGAUGAUGAUUUUGGGAAUGGCGGGCCGAGUUUCCUCGCGACGUUCGAGCUUGGGUCCACUCAAGCUUUGGAUGGCCUCAGCUUCCAUAGCACACAAGCUUCGCCAGUUAAAGAGGGCUUACUUCUUGUACCCGAACCACCACCACGCAACUCAAACCGACGCCGCAGUAAACGCAAGACAGAAAUGACGCAGAUAACGCCCGAGCAGGCUCAGGAGCAGCAGCAGCCCCAGGAUCAGACGACGCAGGCGCAACUGAAGGAGCUCUCGACGGCUGAGAUGUACGAUAAGAACCAGCAAUUGUUCAACGAAUCUAUCCCGGAUGUGCCGUUGGUCUCUGAAUUGGCCCCGAUGGCCACCUUGCGAGCAGAAUAUGAGAACGGGUCGGCGUCAUUUGUGAGCCAGAUUGACUGGCUUGUGGGACAGGGCUACACUGGGAUCAGACGUGCUCGAGGGGAUGGCGAUUGCUUUUACCGAUCACUGGCCUUUGCCUAUAUCGACCAGCUCCUCCACACCCCGCCUGAACAUCGUGAUCUGAAAGUAGGCUCCAGCCUUUCGAUUCUGGAAUCGACACGGACGGCAAUCCUUUUGUCGGGAACGGACGAGUUUAUCCUCGAAGAACCUUAUGCGAUGUUCACUGCUCUCAUUCAAAACAUCACGACACCCAACAAGAAAGGAUUCAAGCUGGAUUCUGACCGUCUGUUAGCGCGUUUCCAAGACCAGGCUACGGAUCCGAGUGUCGAUGAGGAAGACGAGCCUGUUCCUGCCUACAUUGUCUAUUACCUUCGAAUGAUUGCCAGCGCCCAUUUGAAGAACAACAGCGACCAAUAUUCUGGAUUCUUCUAUGAUGCUGAGCGCGAUUUGGAGAUGACUGCUGUCGAUUUCUGUUCUCGGUUUGUCGAUCCGGUGGGAGUAGAGGCUGACCAUGUCCAAAUGCUCGCCCUCUGCCGGGAGUUGAAGAUCAAUCUCAAUGUUGCCUAUUUGGAUGGUCAUAAGAGCGACAGUGUGGACUUUGUGACCUUCAAAGAAGGACCAGAAGAUCAGGAGCCUAUCACAUUGCUUUAUCGGCUGAUCUCAGAAUCGGUGAGGAAUGCAAUAGAUGCGGCCAGCCAGACUGCCGUAGGACAUUCCAGAGGGAAACGUGCGGACGAAGCCAUCACUGCAAUGAUUCAUGAGCUCGAUGGAUUUUUGCGGGUGGCCACUCCUACCUCUGGGCUUUCCCGGACGCUGAGCGUACUUUGUGCGCCGGAAACAAUGAGGAGAGCUAGAGAAGAGGAUCUGAAGAGAGCGGAGAAGAUUGGUGUGCUUCAAGCGAGGCUGAUACAGAGUAAUGCAAAGGCUAGGAGGAAAUAUCUUAUGGAGCGAUUCGACAUCAUGUCUAGUUUCCAUGGCUCUAUGUGA